AUGGGUCGAAUUCACAAAGAGAAAGGCGGAAAAGUUCAACUUAGAUCAAAAGAAAAACCGACCGGCAAAAAAAGCAAGAACAACGAUGUUCUGAAGAGCCAGAUUAGUCUCUUGGGAGGGAAUGAGGAAGACUACAGUCUAGUCAAAGACGCGGAUGAGAAUGCUGCUGCCGCAGGAACGAACUCUGUAGACCCUACAUUGACGAAAGACAUUUCUCAAUUCCUCAAAAGUCUCAAUUUUGAUGUACCGGAAGCGAGUGGAAGCUCGUCCAAGUCUAAGAAUUCGACUCGAAAUAUCUCACAAGGACAGGCGAAGAAGUUAUCCCGCCAAACAGACGAGCCAACAGUCAGCGAGAAGGGGAAGGACGUCGCGACUGAAAAAUCCGGGAAGGGGAAAAAGAGCAAAAAACCUGCUAGAGAAAAUGACAAGUCUACUCCUUCCAAAUCUUCCAAGCAGGAGGGAAAAGCGGUCGAACACGAAACCGAAGCCUCGAAAGUCGAGCUCCCGAAGCAAGUAUCGUUCAAUUCAAAAUCUACAUUUGUUGUUCAGCCCACGGUGCAAUGGUAUAAAGCGAUACCGCCUUUGAAAUCCACCAACAAAUCUCCCCCACCCCUCACCUCCACAGAUCUUCCAUCCCUGUCUUCCAAAGCAUCACAGCUCCAUACUGCAGACAUCGAUAUGUUCCGGUCGUCAUCGAAUAGCUCUUCUCACACUGAAGCCAGCUUUCUUUCGAAGAUCAUCCAGUCUGGUACACUAUCGGACAGACUGAGUGCCCUCACUCUACUCGUGCAAAGCAGUCCGAUUCACAAUACCAAGGCGCUGGAGACACUGAGAGGGAUGGCCGAACGUGGAAAAGGAAAGGGAGGGAGAGAGGAGAGUUUGAAGGCCCUGCGUUGCAUAGUAGAUUGGUGGGUCGGCGGAGGUGCUCCGGAUAGGAAACUCAAAUACUUUCGGGACCAACCACUAACCCAUCCAUCCGUUACCGACCAACAUCUCUUGUUAUGGCACUUUGAGGACUGGCUGAAGAAGUACUUCUUCUCCGUCCUCCAAGUUCUGGAGCAGUUCUCUCUUGACCCUCUCCCAUACGUGCGGAUUCAGACCAUGAGCUUGAUCUUUACUCUGCUUCGUGACAAACCUGAACAGGAGCAAAAUCUUCUACGGCUGCUCGUGAACAAGCUGGGUGAUACAGAGAAGUCGGUCUGCUCCCGCGCAUCAUAUCACAUCUUGCAACUCCUUCAGACCCAUCCCUCGAUGAAAGGCGUAGUCGUAAGAGAAAUAGUUGCAUUGGUGUUACGCCCAGCUGCACCAACCGCUGCAGCAACGGUAUUGGCGGCGGCGGAAGCAGUGGCAGCAGGGGUUGCUUCUCUACCCGCCAACGUUGCCAAUCGUAAAAUCAAGUUUUCUGAUGACUCUGCACCCAGUACGUCUGCUUCUGGUACUUCGACGAAGGGGAAAGGGAAAUCGACAGUUCCGGAGAAGAAGCCUACGAAUGUUCAUGCGAGAUACUACGCUACCAUCACUUUCAACCAAAUAGUGUUGACGCCAGGAGAUCGCGAUGUGGCACUCAAACUCAUCGACUUGUAUUUCGAGCUUUUCAAAGAACUACUGGGUGAAGAUCGAGGGAGUGAAGCAGAUGGCACAGAGGACGCGAAACCUGAGGGAAAAGGGAAGGAUAAAGAGGUCAUGAAGGACAAGAAGGGGAGGGUCAUGAAUGGUAAACGAGGCAAGAAAGGGAAAGGGAACGCUGGAAGUAAAGGAGCUGCUGGGUUUGAAGAGAUUGAGGAUGAGAAUUCAAAAAUGAUCUCCGCGAUCCUAACUGGCGUUAAUCGGUCUUUACCUUUUGCAAAGAUCGACACCAAUGAUGCAGGAUUCAUGAAACAUAUAGACACGCUCUUCAUGAUCACGCACACGUCGACCUUCAAUAUUUCCCUUCAGGCUCUGGUCUUACUACAGCAAAUAUCUUCUUCCAUGACGAGCACUUCUUCAUCAUCCCCAGCUUCUAAAUCGAUAAUAGACCGUUACUAUCGAACCUUGUAUGCUUCCCUUCAUGACAUGCGACUCGCCACUUCAUCCAAGCAAGCCAUGUAUCUCAACUUGCUUUUCAAAUCGAUCAAGGCCGAUGCAGGAAAUACGGACAAUAAUGGGAGAAUAAAGGCGUUCGUUCGAAGAUUUGUUCAACUCCUCGUAACAGGUGGGAAUGGUGCAACGGAGUUUGUUGCUGGAGGGCUAUAUUUACUGGGAGAGCUUUUUAGCACAGUACCAGGUGUCCGCUCCAUGAUCAACGACCCUCAAAAAUCAGCCGCUGAGCCUUACGACCCUCGCAAACGUGACCCUCAGUUUGCUCAUGCCUCUUCUUCUCCUCUCUGGGAAUUAACACCACUUCUAAACCAUUAUCAUCCAACAGUCUGUCUCCACGCAAGACAACUCCUGACAUCCCAACCGCUCACCGCCAGUGCUGAUCUGUCUCUGAACACCCUGUCCCACUUCCUAGAUAGAUUCGUUUACAAAAAUCCCAAAAAGGUAUCUGCAGAAGUGAACGGUACCAAGGGCAAAGGCUCUAGCGCUAUGCAGCCGGCUGGUAGUGCGGUAGAGGGUGUCAAGCUGGUGAAAGGAGAGACAGGGACAAGCGGGGAAAUGCCGAUGAACGAAGAGCAAUUCCUUCGGAAACGUGUUGAAGAUGUACCCGCUGAUCAGUUGUUCUUCCACAAGUUUUUUACUAGGAAGCGUGAAAGAGAACAAGUCAGCAAAUCCAGGGGAGGCAAGGGAGGUGUCGAUUCAGAGAUUGACGGCGCGUCCGACGAGGAGGGUGACGAAGAAUCUGGCAAAGAAGAAGAGAUGGAUUUGACUGGCGACGAAAUGGAGAGAUCCGAUAAAAAGCCGAGUAAAAAGAAGGUUCAUGACGAUGACGAUGAAGACGAGGAUAGCGAUGCUGAAGAGGAAGAGAUCUGGAAGGUGAUGAAAGCUUCGAUGCCCAAAGCUGAGGGCGACGACGACCUUUUGGACGAUUCGGAGAUUGAUGAUGACGACGAGAUACCCUCUGGACUCGACGCAGAUUCCGAUGAAGAUGCGGCCGAUGAUAGCGGACCGUCGGACGAUGAUGAAGAUGGAGAGGAGCUCGUUGACGCUGAUGAAAACCUUUCUCUGGCUGAAUUGUCGGAUAAUGAGGACCUCGUUGCAUUAGACGACAUACAGGGACUCGUCGAGUACGACGGCUCAGGAUCAGAACGGGAAAAAGAGGAAUGGGGUGGUAUCGGUUCGGACAGUACGAAGAGAAAGCGGAAGACUGAAGAAAAGGGCCGUAAGAGGAAGAAACUGCGCUCCUUGCCUACCUUUGCGUCAUACGAAGAGUAUGCCAAGAUGAUCGAAGAUGGUCCAGAGGAUGAUAUAUAG